GCAGCAUGUCGUCCUCGCUCUGGCAUCGUCUCUAUUUCUCUCACACACACACACACACACACACCACCAUCAUGCUGUCGGCCGUGGCUAAGCUGUGCUGUGGGAUUUCAUACCAACAUCUCCGGAGUAUGACAGGUCUGCAGCGUUCAGCCAUGGCAGCUUUAGGGCAGGAAAUUGGCAAAAUGCAGAAGAGAGGAAAACUUUCAUUCCUGAGUAGGAGCUGGAAUAUGACGUGGAGCCUGAGGACCAUCAAAGAUGAAAUGGAGCAGACAGAUGGACGGUGUGAUGGUGUGUGUGAUGGUGUGGAGAAGAACAUGGAUUUGUCGUACCAGCAGCAGGGCCAGGAGGCUCUACAGGAAGCUCUGGAGCUCACACACAGCACUGAUGGCUGGAGGAUGGAACUCUCAGAGGACAGUGGUGAGGUAAUCUACAGUAAAGUUGUUCAGGGGAACCGGAAGGUGUUCAGGCUGGAGGUUGACCUCAACGCUACACCUGAUGAGUUGUACGAGGUUCUGUUUGUAAAGGUGGAGGAGAUGAACGAGUGGAACCCCAACAUCGCUCACAUCAGGGUACUGAAGCACAUCGGGAAGGAAACCAUGGUGACGCACGAGGUUUCGGCGGGAAAAGCAGGGAAUUUCAUUGGUCAGCGAGACUUCCUGAGUGUCAGACAUUCGCUGAGAACGAGGCAGUGUAUUUACCUGGGCGGAGUCGCGACUCACCUGGACGCCUUUCCACCACAGUCAGGGUUCAUCAGAGCUGAAGAUGGUCCCACGUGUAUAAUAAUCCAGGCCGUACCAGACUGUACAGGAAGGAGUAAGCUCACCUGGCUCCUCAACAUGGACGUGAAGAGUCUCAGCCCCAGCUGAAGAAAAGCAGCUCUACAGGAUGAUGUUCCCAUGCUUCACUUUAGUCCAUCUAAUGCCUUGGAAGUUCCUGUAGAUCUCUGGCUUCAGUGUCCAACCGAAAGCAGGCAAGAAGAUGUGAAGAAACCUGUAGAGAAUCUGCAGAGCCUCCCUUAAAAAACAUUGACUAAAGGAGUAUGAUCAUUACUUUUAAAAAUCUACUGAAUGUGAUUGGUGAAUUCUGAGCAGUCACAUGACCCAUUUGAAGUGUUUGCACUACGCAGAGAAAUGCAGGGAUUUGUUUCUGUUUUUACUGAAAUGUUGUUGAUGUCUGUUUUAUAAUAAAAGUUAAGAAAAGAUCUGAAUAGAUGCAGGUGUGUGUAAAAGUUGUGUAAUAUGAAGGUGUGCAACAUGAAUGUAAAAUAACCUUCAUCCUCCUACAACACACUGCUGUGGCCUUCCUCUCUCUCGCUCUCUCGCUCUCUCUCUCUCUCUCAGACAGGGGGCAUAGUGAUAGUUGGUGUAUCAUGUGUGUACCUGUGGGUAUUGUACUGAUAAUAAACAGAUGAUGGAUGGAUAAUAAACAAAAGUUGGACAGCUGAUGGAAAAGUAAUAGAAAGGUGCAGAUAAUAAAGAGGUGAUAGAAAGAUGAUGGGCAGA